UAAAAAUUGUGUCAAACAUGAAACAUGGUGGGACCAACAUUAUUUUCAUCCAUAAAAAUACUUAUCUCUGCAUGUAUGGAUAACACAUCUGUGUUUCAUCUUGUUCCAAUCUCCUCUUGCAGUAAUCAAACAUUUUUUGAACCAACAAUGGCCGAAGCAAUUGCUUCCGACAUUGCCGUAGAGCUUAUUACUAAAUUGAGCUCCUUCGCUGUCUCUCAAAUUGGACUCUGAUGGAAUGUCGAAGAUGACCUCGAUGACCUCAGAACCACUGUCUCCGCCAUCGAAGCUGUGCUCCUUGAUGCAGAAGAGAAAUCAGUGACCAACAAUUUAGUUAAAGUUUGGCUUCAGGAGCUUAAAGAUGUACUUUAUGAUGCCGACGACUUGCUUGAUGAUUUCUCUACCGAAACUUUGCGAAAAGAUCUAAUGGGUGGGAAAAAGCUGAUGAAAGAGGUACGCCUUUUCUUCUCAAGCUCAAAUCAGUUUGCUUACGGUCUCAAAAUAGGUCGGAAAAUUAAGGCCAUUAAGGCAAGAUUAGCUUCAAUUGAAAGGAAGGCCAACACUUUUGGCUUCAUGGUGCGUGACCGCCCCUUGGACACCUCUUUCAUGACUAAAAAGAGGCAGCAAACACACUCUUUUGUGCCUAAAGAUAAAAUAAUAGGGAGGGACGAUGAUAAAGCAGCUCUUCUAAAACUCGUGUUAGAGUUUGAAAGUGAAGAGAAUGUUUACAUCAUUCCAAUUGUGGGGUUUGGAGGGUUAGGGAAGACUGCUUUGGCCCAGUUUGUCUAUAAUGAUGAAAUGGUCAAAAAUCAUUUUGAGUUGAUGAUGUGGGUGUGUGUUUCGGAUGUUUUUGAUGUCAAACUAAUUGUACAAAACAUUAUCAAAUCUGCAACUGGCCAAGCACCAAAUCAAAAUCUUGAAAUGGACCAAUUGCAAAAAAACCUUCGAGAAAAAAUUGGUGGGAAAAAAUAUUUACUUAUUUUGGAUGACAUGUGGAAUGAAGAGCGGGAAAAUUGGGUUAGCAUAAAAGAGUUACUGAUAGGUGGGGCUAAAGGAAGUAGGAUAAUAGUAACUACUCGCUCUUUUAAGGUAGCCAAGAUCACUAGUAAAUGUCAGCCUCAUGUUCUAAAAGGCUUGUCCGAUUACGAUGCUUGGUCUUUGUUCAAAGAAAUAGCAUUUGAGCAAAGAUAUGCAGACUCAAUAGAUUCAGCCUUUGUGGAAAUAGGACAACAGAUUUUGGAAAGGUGUGGUGGGGUUCCUUUAGUCAUAAGGAUGAUAGCAAGUACAUUAUCUUACAAAGAAACUGAAGAGGAGUGGCGUUCUUUUAAAGAUAAUGAACUUGCUAGAAUAUCUCAAAACGAAAGUAAUAUUCUACCUAGACUUAAGUUGAGUUAUGAUCAUCUCCCGGCCUAUUUGAAGCGUUGCUUUGCUUAUUGUCGAUUGUAUCCAAAAGAUUAUGAAAUUGAUGUACAAACGCUUGUUCAAUUUUGGGUUGCACAAGGUUUCGUAACACAAUCAAAUGGAACACAAUCUCUUCAAGAGAUUGGGUUUGGGUAUUUUAAAGAAUUAGUUGAAAGAAGUUUCUUGCAAGAAGUAAAAGAAAGACACUUUAUGAUAUGUAAAAUGCAUGAUUUAAUGCAUGAUCUAGCUGAAUUGGUAGCAGGGAAAGAGAGUAGUAUUGUAGAUUCAAAUUCAAGUGCAAGUGAGGUUGAUGAAAAAUGUCGUCAUAUAUCAAUUAAUGAUGAUUCAUUAAUUCUUUUAUUUAAAGGAAAGAAGUUGCGAACCUUGUUACAAUUUUUAAAUGUGAUACAUCUAGACAAGAGGGACGAAAUUUGGCAUUUUAUAAUUUCAAAUUAUAGAUGCUUGCGUGUCUUAAAAUUGGAUUAUUUUGAUUUUAGUACAAUUCCACUUUCCAUUCAUAAGUUGAAACAUUUAAGAUACCUUGAUCUUUCUGGCAAUCGUCAUGAAAUUCUCCCAAAGAGUAUUUGCAAGGUACAAAAUUUGCAAGUGCUGAAACUUGACCAGUGUCGAUGGCUUAAAGAAUUGCCGAAGAAGAUUGAAAAAUUGGUGAAUCUUACCCAUCUUAAAUGUUAUGAAUGUAAUGAUUUAACUCACAUGCCACGUGGAAUAGGGAAGCUGACUUCACUUGAGGAGUUAAGCAUGUUUGUAGUGGAUAGAGAUGGUUCCCAUGACGGUGCAGAUCUAAGUGAAUUGAGUGGACUUAACAACUUAAGGGGACAGCUUAGAAUAAAAAAUUUGAGGUCAAAAGAGAAGUUUAAGACUCCUAUUUUGAAAGGGAAGCAAUAUUUGGAAUCGUUGAUUUUAGAAUGGAAUGGUGAUAACGAUGAUAAUGACAAUAAGUUGCUUGAAGACCUCCAGCCCCAUCCUAAUCUCAAGGAGCUCUGUAUCGAUGGAUGGGGGGGUGAUGCCAAAUUUCCAAGUUGGCUUUCUUUCCUCACAAAUCUCGUUCAUAUUUACAUAUGGGGUCCCAAUAAAUCCAAAUAUCUCCCGUCCGUUGCUCAAUUCCCUUGUCUUCAAGAUUUGUCGAUUCGUGAUUGUUAUGAGCUGGAGUACAUGGAUGAUAAUAGCCCAAAAGGAAGUCAAGGAGAACCAGAAUCAUUCUUCCCAUCGCUCAAGUGUCUUGACCUCGAGAAUUGCCAGAAUAUGAAGAGUUGGUGGAGGACGACAAAACCAAUCGAUGAUGAUUCCAACGAGGACGACACAACAGUUAUGGGAACGUCAACCAUGGCAUUUCCUUGUCUUUGCACUUUAUCGAUUCAAAAUUGCCCUUUGACUUCAAUGCCGUUGUAUCCAUCAGUCGAUGAUAAUCUAAGGUUGGAGAAUACCAGUUCAAGGCCGUUUAAGCAGACUAUCAAGAUGAAGAUGAAUGCUAAGACCCCAUCAAGUUCAACCUCUUCUCUUCCUCUCUCCAAAUUGAAAUCUUUCCAUGUAAAGAAUAUGGAGGAUAUGGACACUCCCAUGCUAGAUGAGUACAUGCAACAUCUCACCAGCCUCGAAACAUUAACAAUAGAUGGUUGCACGAAGGUUGAUUUAGAGGGCAUGCAAUGGGAACCCCUUAAGAAUCUCUCUUAUUUGGAGAUUAAUAAUAUUCCAAAGCUGGUGUCUCUCCCUCUUGGGCUUCAACAACUUUUGAAUUGAAAAUAUUAGAAAUCCAUAAUUGGAAUGGAUUGAGGUCACUCUUUCCUGUGUUCCAACAUCUCACUUCCCUUGAACGGUUUUCAAUAGGUGAUUGCAAGGAGAUGGAGUUAUCAGCACCUAAGUUCCAAAUAUUCCAAGAUCAUACAAGCCUGCGC